AUGCCUGACAACGAGGAGGGGGCUGCUAUGUCUUCUACCAGUGGGACCGGCUGCUUGAGCGUCCCCGGUGCCGCGGCCCUUCUCCCGCCGCCACCUUUCGACUUCAGUAACACCGGAGAGUGGCCAUCGUGGAUUCAGUGUUUUGAGGAUUAUAUGUUCGCGGCUGGAUUAUAUCAGGCGCAGGAAGAAGUCAAGGUACGGACACUCCUCUAUUGCAUGGGCCCCAAAGCGAGAACAAUCCUUGUGUCGACUUGUAAAGAAGAGGGAGUACCGAAAACGUUUCAGCAAGUGAAGAGUACUUUGGACGACUAUUUCAUUCAUCCAGUCAAUGAAGUUUAUGAGAGCGCUCGCUUUCAUAGAAGAGCCCAGGCGGCAGAAGAAACGGUGGACGAAUUUUAUACGGCACUGUGUAACAUGGUGAAGAAAUGCAAUUAUCGCUCAGCUGAGGUGCAAGAGCGGCUGGUGCGGGACCGAUUUGUUGUCGGGCUGCGGGACUCUCCACUGUCGGAUCUAUUGUGUCGCAUCCCAAAGCUGACGCUGGCGGAAGCCCUGAUUCAAGUACGUCAGUACGAAGACGCUGAAAAAGAGAAGCGAGCAAGGGAAAACCAAGGCCAGAGCCGCCACGAGGAACCAAAUGUGCUUAACAUAGAUGCUACAGACGUUACAAGGUUACCGGGAGAGAGGAAGCGAGAAGGGUCAUGCCAAUAUUGUGGACGUGGACAACAUCGACGGCUCGACUGCCCUGCGAGGAGAGCGGUAUGCCAUUAUUGUAAAAAGAUGGGACACUUUCGCGAGGUGUGCCGGGCUAGGAAGAAGUCUAAGAACGCAACAUUGGAUACGCCCCAUUUAGAAGAGGUGGAGGACCGUACGGACAGAGCAAGGUUCACUAGACUAGCAGUUAACGGACACUGGGUCCGGUUUAAGAUAGACUCGGGAGCGGAAGUUACGGUAGUACCAGAGGACCUCCCGUGGGUGCCUGAGCUCUUGGAUCCAGAAGAUGUCAGCCUUACGGGCCCCGGAGGUCAGGCGCUUCAGAUUCGUGGCUCCUUUUCGGCGACGCUUACCUGGAAGGAUAGGACAGCGCAGCAGAGGGUGUACGUCUUGUCUUCACUGUCGACGCCACUUUAG